UGACCUGGAGCUUCUCGCUCGGGAGCUGAUUGAAAUGCUGGCAAUUUCAAGGAACCAGAAGCUUGCACAAUCCGGCGAAGAGGCCCAGAUCCUGGACCUGCUGAUUCGGAGAGAUAAAGAGUUCCAGGAAUUAAUGAAGCUGGCCCUGGAGCAAGGGAAGAUCCACCAGGAGAUGCAGCUGUUGGAAAAAGUGGUGGAGAAGAGGGACAACGAUAUCCAGCAGCUUCAAAAACAACUGAAAGAAGCGGAGCACAUAUUGGCCACAGCUGUUUAUCAAGCAAAAGAAAAACUGAAAUCAAUAGAAAAGGCAAGGAAGGGUUCGGUUUCCUCUGAAGAAAUAAUUAAAUACGCUCACAGAAUUAGUGCCAGUAACGCAGUCUGUGCUCCUCUGACGUGGGUGCCAGGGGACCCCCGAAGGCCAUACCCAACCGAUUUGGAGAUGAGAAGUGGUCUCCUAGGUCAGAUGAACAACCCAUCAGCGAACGGAGUCAACGGACACUUACCAGGGGACGCGCUUGCAGCAGGCAGAUUACCAGAUGUUCUUGCACCUCAGUAUCCCUGGCAGUCGACCGACAUGUCCAUGAACAUGCUGCCUCCUAACCACAGCAACGACUUCAUGCUGGAACCUCCAGGGCAUAAUAAGGAGAACGAAGAUGACGUGGAGGUUAUGUCAACAGAUUCCUCGAGCAGCAGCAGCGACUCCGACUAGG